AAAGACAAGAAGUUGCCUGUAGUGCUGAGCAAAGAAGAAAUGUGGAGACUGCUUCAAGCACCUGAUUUACUGAAACAUAAGAUACUGAUUGGGCUACUUUAUGGCUGCGGUCUGCGGUGUUUUGAGUCACGUAAUGUUCGGCUCAGGGACUUGGAUUUUGACCGAAAAAUGCUUCAUGUUUACCAAGGAAAGGGUAAAAAAGAUAGAUAUGUACCACUGAGUGAGCAUCUUAUCAGAGGCCUAAAGAAAUACAUCUCAGCAGAAAAACCUGAAGAUUGGCUCUUCAAUGGCCAGCCACUGGACAACCGAAAAGGUGGUGACUUCGAUAGCCGAUACAGCCAAAAAGGCGUUCAGUGGGCGGUUGCACAAGCAGCCAAAAAAGCAGACAUAAGCAAACACGUAAACGUACACACGCUCAGACAUACCUAUGCUACUCAUUUGCUUGAAGAUGGUACUGAUAUCGUAACCCUGAAAGGAUUGCUGGGUCAUGAAAGCAUAGAAACCACAAUGAUUUAUCUGCAUGUAGCCCAAAGUGGGAGAAUAGAAGCCUGCACUGAGCGAAGUCGAAGUGUAGCGGAUGUACUCAAUAAACUGGGCGAAAAUAUUGAGCAUAUUGGUUUAAAUACUUGGCAGUUACGCACCCUAUCAGCCAUAAAGCGUUGCCGUACAGCAGCCUUGGGUGGUCAUAUUGAUGCUUGUGAUAGCUGUGGCAAUAUCAGCAUCAGUUACAACUCGUGUAGGAACCGCCACUGCCCCAAAUGCCAAGGCGAAAAACGCGAAGAAUGGAUACAGGCACGAGAAGCCGAGUUAUUGCCAGUACCCUAUUUUCAUGUAGUUUUCACUUUGCCCAGUGAGCUAAAUUCUUUGGCAUUAUAUGAGCCCAGAGCAGUGUAUGAUGCCCUUUUUGCGGCAACAUGGCAGACAGUGGCAGUUUUUGCGAAGGACGAAAAACAUCUUAAUGCACAGGCUGGAAUGAUAGCAGUUUUGCACACGUGGGGUCAGAACCUGAGUCUUCAUCCGCACUUGCAUUGUAUAGUGCCGGGUGGUGGGGUUGAUGCCAAUGGACAUUGGCGAAAAGCUCGCUCCAAAGGUAAAUUCUUGUUUCCUGUAAAAGCCAUGAGUGUGGUAUUCAGGGCAAAAUAUCUGUCUGAACUCAGACACAGACUCAAAGAAAAAGUACCCCAAACACUGCUUAACGAGCUAUAUAAAAAAUCAUGGGUGGUGUAUGCCAAGCGUCCGUUUGGUAGCCCAACGUCUGUAGUUGAAUAUCUGGGCAGAUACACGCAUAAGGUAGCCAUCAGCAAUCACCGCAUCAAAAGUGUAGACGACAAGUCGGUGACGUUUACUUACAAAGACUACAAAACGGGUGCACAGGUAAAGGAAAUGACAUUAAGUCUUGAGGAAUUUACCAGAAGAUUUAGCCAGCAUAUCUUGCCCAAAGGCUUUGUUCGCAUACGUCACUACGGCAUAUUGAGCAGUACCUGGAAGCGAGCCAGACUACCAGAAUUGCAGCAAAAACUAGGACAAAAGCAAACCGAAGCCAAAGGGAAAACUCAAAGAGUAAGACCUUGUAGAUUUUGCAAAACGGGUAAUUUACGAACGAUACUGAGUUUUGAUCAACGUGGUCCUCCGGAGUUUUAUGCGGAAAUGUGGAAAAAGCUAAUCGGCCCGGCUCAAGAGUGA